UGACUGGCACGAAUUUUGAUUAUCAAAAAAGUUUUUUAAAAGCUACAAAUAAAAAAUUAAAUAGUGAAUAUAGUGAUUUAUUAAAUUCUACUUUCAAUGCAAACCUGUCCUGUGACCAGCCGAUAAGAAUCGAUACAAUAUGAGUGCUAGUUCACAGAUUGAACAUAAAUACCCUAGUAACGUCCGAGCUAGGCGUAAUGUCAACGACUUUAUGUUCGGAAAACUUAUAGGAGAAGGCAGCUUCAGCGUUGUUUAUUUAGCUAAAGAUAUUCAUACGUCUAAGGAAUGGGCAGUCAAAGUCUGUGAAAAGCAGCAAAUUAUUCGUGAAAGAAAACAAGAAUAUGUUAAACGUGAACGUGAAGCCCUCAAUAGACUGAGUGGAUUGCCAGGGUUUCUUAACUUGUUUUGUACAUUUCAAGAUUCUACAAAGUUAUACUUUGUGAUGACUUAUGCUAGAAAGGGCAAUCUAUUACAAUUGAUGGAGAAAGUUAAAAAAUUCGAUGUUGAGUGUGUUAGAUAUUAUUCAGCACAAAUCCUACAUGCAAUGGAACAAAUGCACGCCCAUAGUAUCAUACACAGAGAUCUGAAACCAGAAAACAUACUUUUAGAUGAGAAAUUACAUGUUAUGAUAGCGGAUUUCGGUUCGUCGCGAAUAGACGACAAUAAAAAAGAUAAUUUUAGUAGCGAUGAGGUAGAUGAAAGUGCCUCUGAAUCCGAUGAACAGUCUUCGAAGCCGCAUCGGAAACGUGGCAGCUUUGUAGGAACAGCGCAAUAUGUUUCACCUGAAAUCCUCAAGGGAAGAGAUUCAACUGUUGCAUCAGAUUUGUGGUCGUUUGGAUGCAUGGUGUAUCAAAUGGUAGCCGGAUUCCCACCCUUCCAAGGACCUAAUGAUUACCUAAUAUUUCAAAAAAUAACAAAGCUAGAUCUUACGUUUCCGAAUGAUUUUGACCAUGUCGCUGCUGACCUCAUCGGGAAGAUACUCGUAUUGAAUCCCCAGAAUAGAAUAGGCGUUCAAGACAGCUCACCGUACGAUAGUAUACGAAAUCACAAAUUCUUGGAAGGUAUAGAUUUUUUCACAUUACGAAAGAUGAGUCCACCAUUUUUAAUUUCUACUCUACUAAGUGGUGAAUGUACCAAAGAAGAUUUUUCAAUUGAUACAUAUGAAUUUCCGGACAACAUAAAGCCUGGUCUGGAUAAUGAACAGAUAACAAGAUUACUUGGACAAGACUGGUUGAAAAUUGGAGCGCCAUCGGUGGAAACCAGUUCAUCGUCAGUUGAAAACACUUUGAAAAUCUACAUUAGUGAUGAGGAAAAACAUUCACUGCUAGAAGAACAACAAUCGGAUAUGUGGCAUCCGUUUGCUGAAGGUGAAUUGAUUCUUAAGAAAGGAUUAGUAAAUAAAAGGAAAGGAGCUCUAUAUGUACCAAGAAAGCGAAUGUUAUUACUCACAACUGGACCUAAGCUAAUAUACAUUGAUCCUGUGCAGAUGGUUAAAAAAGGCGAAAUUCCAUGGAGCGAAAAAAUGCGCGCAGAAGCUAAAAAUUUUAAAAUAUUUUUUGUGCAUACGCCACAUAGAACUUAUUACUUAGAGGAUCCUCAAGGAUAUGCGCUUAAAUGGUGUCAAGCAAUACAAGAAGUCUAUGAUAAAGCGUAUAAAAAAUAAAUGCUAAUUUUCAAUUAUCAC